AUGACUCAGUCGCAGCCCCCCGGGUUGGAUACCCUCGCUGAGGGCUCGCAAUACGCCCUUGAAAAACUGCAAUUGGCACGUCAGACCGAGCUGCCGUACAGCAAAAGUGCCAGUUCCGACUUGGCUGCAUUCAAACUGCCCGGUCGUCGCGAUUCCAUCUCAGAUGCCAGAACGAAUAUCCGUAAGAACUCGACUUCGGCUUCAGUUCGUCGCCGGAUCAGUCGCGCCUGCGACCAGUGCAAUCAGCUGCGGACCAAAUGCGACGGCCAGACGCCGUGCGCUCACUGUACCGAGUUUGGCCUGUCCUGCGAAUACGCCCGCGAGCGAAAGAAACGUGGGAAAGCAUCGAAAAAGGAUCUCGCCGAGGCUGCGGCGAAAGCUGCUACUAUAACAAACAGGCCCAGUGUAUCGGACUCUAUUCUUGACUCCCCCGCGACGAACAAUUCCCAACAGCUAGAAAGGCCUUCCUUCUCAGAGACUGCCUACGAACCCCCCUCUUACGACUCGGCUCGCCGAUACUCGAAUGCGCGGCCUCCACAACUGCCGGAACCAGCGUCUUCACGAACACACCAUGGCCAGCAUGUGCCAUCCAGCAUUGAGAAUUUGACUAUCAAUAACUACGGACAUGUUCAGGACGUUGAUCGAUCCGUCGUUCAAAUGCCGGACUUGCGAGCCUUGCCGCCUCGCUCUCCAGCCACUUUGAUCCCCGCUGGGUUUAAUGGCUUUCACGACGCGUACAACCUAAUGAACCCGGAGCCGUCGAAUGGGACCAGUCUCAAUGGCUAUCGGUUUGCAAACUCUGGAGAGGAUACAUCCGCUAACAACUUUAUUGGAAUUUCGCCUCCUGCGCAGUCCCCCGGGUGGCUUUCUUUGCCAUCACCCUCUGCGAACUUUCCGCCCCUAAAUAUGCCAACUACCAGCACUUUGAGAUACCCUGUCUUACAGCCACUUAUGCCGCAUAUUGCUUCCAUUAUCCCUCAGUCAUUAGCCUGCGACCUCCUCGAGCUCUACUUCGCGAGUUCGUCUACGUCCCAUUUUUUCCCUCAAUCGCCGUACGUUGUUGGCUAUGUUCUUCGCAAAACGGCUAUAUUACACCCCACUCGACCUCGUGCGUGUACCCCUGCCUUGUUGGCCAGCAUUCUAUGGAUUGCGGCACAAACUAGUGACGCUGCGUUUCUGACUGCUCCCCCAUCUUCGCGGGGGAGAGUCUGCCAGAAGCUGCUGGAGCUCACUGUUGGCUUACUACGGCCCCUCAUCCAUGGUCCAGCUCCUGGCGAGACCUCUCCGAACUAUGCUGCCAACAUGGUGAUCAAUGGCGUUGCGCUGGGCGGCUUCGGAGUAUCCAUGGACCAACUAGGGGCUGAAAGCAGUGCUACCGGUGCAAUUGACGAUGUCGCCACCUACAUUCACCUAGCUACUGUAGUAUCUGCUAGCGAGUACAAAGCUGCCAGUAUCCGCUGGUGGGCAGCAGCCUGGUCGUUGGCGCGCGAGCUGAAACUCGGGCGUGAGCUUCCUCCCACGCCAUCUCAGCCCCGUGGCGAUGAUCGUGAAGGCAAUGCGGACAUGGAGUUUAAGCACUCGAUGGCAAAUGGUGCGCCCAGCUCUGGUGGUCACGUCACUGAAGAUGAACGCGAAGAGCGCAGACGCAUUUGGUGGCUCCUCUAUGUGAUGGACCGCCAUCUAGCGCUGUGCUACAAUCGGCCUUUGACUCUGUUGGAUAGGGAUUGUGAGAGUCUUCUGCAACCAAUGAAUGACGAUAUUUGGCAUUCGGGCGAUUUCGCAAACGCCGGUUAUCGACGAGCCGGACCGAGUUUCGAGUGCACGGGGCACAGCAUGUUUGGAUACUUUUUGCCUUUGAUGACUAUUCUUGGCGAGAUCGUUGAUUUGUAUCACGCUCGAAACCAUCCGCACUUUGGUAUUCAUUUCCAGAACAGCAGUGAGCGCAACAACCAAGUCGCAGAGAUUGUUCGCCAACUAGGCGUUUACGGACAGAGCUUGCAGGAAUUCGAGACUCGUCACGCUGCGUCCCUCGGUCUUGCUAACAACGAAAGCAACAAUGACCCCAAUUUCAAUGCACCAGGGAUAGACCAUGUCAGCCCAUCAGCACGCUCAACAAGCACCGCGGGCGAGUCACUCAUGCAGACGCGAAUGGUAGUCGCAUAUGGCACGCAUAUCAUGCAUGUCCUGCAUAUCCUGCUCGCCGGGAAAUGGGACCCGAUUUCAUUACUCGACGAUAACGACCUGUGGAUUUCCUCGGAAGGCUUCGUGACCGCCAUGGGCCACGCUGUCAGUGCAGCAGAGGCGGCGGGGGAUAUUUUGGAAUAUGAUCCAGAUCUCAGCUUUAUGCCUUUCUUCUUUGGCAUAUAUCUGCUGCAAGGCAGUUUCCUGCUGCUACUCACCGCAGAUAAGCUCCAGGGGGAUGCCAAUCCCAAUGUUGUCAGGGCGUGUGAAACCAUUGUCCGCGCGCAUGAAGCGUGCGUCGUGACCUUGAAUACAGAAUACCAGCGAACUUUCCGCAAAGUAAUGCGCUCGGCGCUUGCUCAAGUCCGCGGCCGAGUCCCCGUGGAUUUUGGCGAGCAGCAGCAACGACGGCGAGAGGUUCUCGCACUGUAUCGCUGGACUGGCGAUGGCAGCGGUCUAGCACUAUGA